AUGGAGGAGUGUGAGAGUCUGGACUCUGAGAUGACGGAGCUGCAGGAGUUUCAGAGUGAGGCCAACAGCCAGGACGAUGACGACGAGGUGGAGGAACUUCAAAACAGUCUGCGAGAGGUUGUCCAGGACCAGUCAGUGAAGCCCAAACUUCAAUGCCUGAUGGUAGAUCCGUCAUUUUCAAUGGUAACCGUUCAGAGCGAGGACAGUGGGAUUGUUUGGGAGACGGCCUCGAGCCGCUGCUCUACACCGUGGGCUUCUGAGACCAGCUCCACCUCUGAAGCCUACAGCAUGGAGGGAUCCGGAGCCGCAGGAAAGAUUACCAUCGUCUUUGACGAGGAGAAAAUUGUCCGCAGGAGGACUAGGUCUGGAAGGAGCAGCAGGCUUGGGGACCGGCUAAGCCGACCUGGUAGCUCGAGAUCUGCUUCAGCUCUGGGAGUAGAAAGACCGGAGAUGGCCGAGGUGUCUCUCCCUAAUGUGAAACCAGAGAAAACCCCAGCAGAGCCAGAUUUGGAGGAAAUCAGAAACAAGGAUCAGCAGCUUUUCAGUUUGAUUUCAGAGGGUUAUGAGAUUCUGAACAUCAGAGUUCCUUCCAAACUCCCCACCGUGGACGAAGAGGAGAGCACAGAGCUGCAGGACAAUCUAUCUUAUCUGGACCAGACUCCAAAGAUCCGGUCAAGAAACAACCAUGACUGGACACAGCAACAGAACCAUGUCUUGCCACAGGAGGGGGAAAUACUGGAUCACCAAGUGCCCUCAGAGCAAGACUCAUCUCAGUCCCCUUCAGACAGAGAGCUCAGUAAAACACCCACUCCCAAAGACGGCACCAGCGACAUAGACUACUUUGAGAAGUUCACUCUGCUUGAUGUGGGUGGUUCCGUGGAUCAAGCUCCACAGCUGAAGGAGGAGGCAGAAGAGCCUGUGGUGAAGCCCCAAGAAGAAGAGCAAAAGCCUACUAUAGAGACAGCCACAGACAGCCCCUCUGCAUCAGAAGACUCUUUUGUCUUCGUCACAGAUGUAGAGAUAGUCGGGGAACACCUGGAUGAGGUUUUCUAUGGAGAGGGAGCUCCUCCUGAAACUCUGCAGCGGAGAGAGGAAGAGGAAGCAGGGGGUAGAGGUGGGAUGAGGAUGAGGCGAGAGAGCCAGAGAUCUCUGAAGGAGAGUGGCUCAGUGUUGUUUGGCAGUCAAGAAACCAUCCUCACACCCAUUUUUAUCUCCCCCGGACCACCUAAAGUCAUUGACCUCAUCCUGCUGGAGGAGCCAACUGCCAUGUCCUUCAUGUACUCGGACCUCUACGAGGAUGCAGUAGGCGAGAGGAAGAAGAGUGAUGAGGAACACUCAGAGGCAGAGAGUGUCGCAUCUGAAAAGUCUUACAAGAGGCGCGUGUCAGAUUCAGAGGAGACGGACGGUUACCUGGAGAAGUUUACUUUGAAGGAUGAAACACACAACCUAGAAGUUCAACCAGAGUCAAUGGAGGAUACGGGAGAGGGAAGGAUGAUGUGGUCGCAGAAUAAAUUUGAAAUGACAGGAUGUCUUACAAGAGUGGUCCAAGAGGAAGACAAGGAGGAGUCAAAGACCCAGGAAGCAAACACACAGGAGAUCAGUGCUGGAGAAAAGAGAGAAGACAUCAAAUCACAACGGGGUGACAGUAAAGCAAAGUCAACAGAGGAGAGUGAGGAGCAUCAGAGAGAAGUGACAAAAGAAACAACUGAAAAGCUUACUGAAACUGAGCAACCAGAUCAGAUACUAGAAGAGGCUGAAAAAGCAGCACAGGUUGUUGUUGAUGCUUCAGAGGACACAGCUGUGGUUACACCUGUAAGAAGCAAGGUUCCUCACACCAUCACAGAAUCAGACAUAACUACAGAAAGCUCUGUGAAGAGUUUGUCUGAAGACACAGCCACUGACACUACAGUGGUGGCUUCUGAGGAUGAGGUAGUAACUGAGGCCGUUACAGAGGAGCCUGAGGAUAAAGACAGAGAUACACGUAUUCCCAGUGAAAAAGAGGCAUCAACCGUAACAUCUCUGAGUGAAGAGAAAGGAGCUGCUGUGCCUGUUGAGGUUACCACUGACUGUGAUUGUGAAGUACAAGCAGUAGUAGAAGUUAUUGAAAAACGAGUGGAUGAAAAAGAGAUACAAACUCAGGUUCAGAUUGAUCUCAAGGAGGUAACAAGUGUGGAGACGACAGAUGUUCAAACAGCAGUUGCAGGAGAAGAAGAAGCUAAAACUGAGGCAGUCAAGGCAGCUGGAGCUGAUCUGGGGUCAGAGGUUAAAACUGAACACAGAGAACUAAAGACAGAUUCAGAUAAGAAACAGAAUGAAAUUCUUAAAAUGGAAAAGUAUCAACAAGAAGCAAGACCAGAAGCUAAGAGUGCAUUUGACAAAACCCAGCUGAUAACCGAGUCCAAAGAAGAAACUCCUGAUGUGGACGCUGGGACCAUUGUUCAGGAGAUGGUGAGCAUGGGCGAUGAUGAGCUUAUCGUCUUUGUCCCCAAAGGACAAGCUGUAGAGAUGGACAUAGAGGUCAGUCAGCAGCUGGAGAAGACAACAAGUGAUACAGCAGCUCUCUCUGAACCUGAGGGUAUAUGUGAACCUGAAGCCAUCACAGAGAGCCUGCAAAAUGAGGAUACAAUAACGGAGUCUACGCUGGAAACAAAACCAGAGGUUUUUAUUGAAGAAGAAGCAAAACCAGUAGUUGUUGUUAAAGAAGAAGCAAAAUCAGAGGAUGUUAUUGAAGAAGAAGCAAAACCAGAGGAUGUUAUUGAAGAAGAAGCAAAACCAGAGGAUGUUAUUGAAGAAGAAGCAAAACCAGAGGAUGUUAUAGAAGGAGAAGCAAAACCAGAGGUUGUUGUUAAAGAAAAAGCAAAACAAGAAGUUAUUGUGAACGAAAAUCUAAAAUCAGAAGUUGUUUUAAUUGAAGAAUCAAAAUCAGAGAUUGUUAAAGAAGAAGAAGCAAAACCUAGAUAUGAGUUUGACAAUAGGUUCUCUCCUCUUGUACCCAUGGAGGAGGCUGAAAUAGAAGAGCAGAAGAUAGAAACAGAGUUUGAAGAAGACUUGGGUGUCUUUUCACGCCUGAGGAGCUUCACUCCUCUGGAGGAUUUGUCCGAGCUACACAAAGAGUGUCUGCGAGAGGAGGAAGAGAAAAAGUUUGGGCAAGCUGAGGUUAUCACAGAGGGAGCUCCAGAUGUAAUUACAGAGGAGUUUGAAUAUGAGAUGAUAACGGAACAGGAUGCAAAAGAGAUGCCACAACCGGAAACGCCAAGAGAUGAGGAGGAACCAAAAACAGAGACAGUUCAGGAAGAAGAGGAGGCGAUGAAGUUGGAGGGGGAGUUAGAGAAGAAGGAGGAAGUGUUUGGUCUGUCCCCAGAAGAAGAGCUCAUUGAGGCUGAUUAUGAAAUCAUUGAUGAAGAGGAGGAGAAUCAGGCCCGGCUGGCUGCUGAGCUGCAGGGGAUGGACUGGUUCUGUCUUCUCUGUGGAUGUUUGCUGUCAAAGGAUGACUUUUCAUCUGGAGAGCAUCUCAGCCACGAGGUGACCACUGUGGACAAAGCCUAUGAAGAAAUUAAGGAGAAACUGAGUGACUGGAUCUCAGAGCUGCAGGGGCGGUCAGAGAACAUCGAGGACCUGGUGUCUGAGCUUGAACUGGGCUACAACUCAGUAGAGGACCAGUGUGUGGAGUGUGAGGCAGCAAUGCAGUCACAGAAUGAUGAGAUGAUGGCUUUGGUGAUGGAGCAGUACAACAACAUGUCUGUCAGCAUGGAGGAGGAGAAGAAGGCCAAGCUGGAGCAGCUAUAUGACCAGAUCGUCUCCUUCCAGGAGAGCAUUGACUCUACCAAGGCCACUCUGGAGACCGCAGCCAGGGAGGCUGAGACUGACGCACGGACAUUCAAGGCUAAUUGUUUUGUGUUUGGGGUCAGGCUAAAGGCAGCUCUGGACUCAGCCAUGUCACUGGAGUUGGGUCCCAGAGGACUGCUCGUGUUUGAGGACUACGCAAAGGGCAACACUUCUAGCUCUCACCUCGCACAGCGCAAGGGAAUCCCAGUGCCUCAGAGGCCCACGCUGCAGCCUCAGGAGGCCAGCUCAGCCUCCAGCACCAGUGUCACAGUUUACUGGAAAGUCAACCCUGGAGACAUCAUCGACUGCUUUCAGGUCUAUUGUAUGGAGGAUCCGCAAGGAGCUGUAUCAGAAGAGUACCGUAUCACAGUAAAGGAGAGUUAUUGUGUCCUGGAGGAGCUGGAGCCUGGCAAGACCUACAAGGUGUGGGUGAUGGCUGUCAACUACACAGGCUGCUCCCUGCCCAGCGAGAGACUGUCCUUCAGAACCGCUCCAUCAGUGCCAGUGAUUGACACAGAGCGCUGCACUGUCAUGUGGGAUUCAGCCACAUUGAGAUGGAGCUCAGAAAAACAGACUGCAGAACAGAGUUUCACCUUAGAGUACUGCCGUCAGUGUGAACUUGAAGGAGAGGGGCUCAGGACGAUCUCAGGUAUCCAAAGCUGUGAACAGAGGGUUCUCUUGCAGCCCAAUGAAAACUAUCUGUUUUACAUCAAAGCUGUGAAUGAGGCUGGACCCAGUGAACAGAGCGAGGCUGCUCUCAUUUCCACCAAAGGAACAAAGUUCCGCCUGCUAAAAGCCACAGCUCACCCGGCUCUGGAGCUGUCAGUAGAUGAGACCACCGUCCACUUCCCUCAGGACGCACCUGAAAACACCUUGUCUGCAGACAAACUGUGUCCAUCCAUUCUGGGUGAGCUGUUGCCAUGUAAAGGUCGGUACUACUGGGAGACCAUUGUGUCGGGAAGCACAGCUUACAGGCUUGGGAUGGCGUCCAGCUCAGCCAACAGGAACAGCCCACUGGGGGAGAGCAGCCUGUCAUGGUGUUUGCAGUGUAUCCCAGCACCAUCCGGCUGCAGGUAUGAGUUACUCCACAAUGACGUGCACUCCAGUGUGUUUGUAAUUGACAUGCCUGAGCGAGUGGGCACCCUCCUGGAUUACCAACUCGGCCAUCUUUCUUUCUACAAUGCCCAAACCGGACAGCUGUUAGGAGCUUUCUCCCAGGGCUUCACCCAGCCGUGUCACCCGGCUCUGGCCCUGGAGCUGCCGGGUAGCCUGGAGGUCAGCAUGGUACCAGAGCUGCCAGAGUUUACUAAAGACAGCUAGCUCUACUUUCAGUCUCACACACUGAGAAGUUUACAAUUCAUGUUGGACAUGUCUUGAUUUGAAUGAUCUUAGCAUGAUGGCAUUACAAAGAAAACUGCAGACAUGACAGGACACAAAAUACUCUGAUGCUGUAAGGGCUUAAAUUACACUUGAUCUCAGUUUUCUUAAGUCUCAGUCCUCAUUUAUGGGUUUGUUUGUGUUUAAGGGAGAUCAUACUUGAUUGAAGUAGUGUUUUCAUAUCAAGUUCUUCAAUUCAUCUUUUAUUUAUUUUUGUGACUGAAAUGUAACUGUAAAUAGCAAAAGCAGACACUGAAGAUGAAUGAUGCUGCUGUGAGAAUCAGCUGAACCGAAAUGUAAUUACGUUUUGUUUGAGGAGAGAAAUGAGUGUUCUUUUCACUGUAACAUGAACUGAUGUGAUAGUUUUGUACUUUUUUAAAUGUUCUGUGAUUAACUCUUCAUUUUUCUCUUCGUUCUUACUUUAUGAAAAGGGCUUGACUGCAAAUUGUUGUCAUAAACACAAACAAAAGUCAAAGCUUCCUUUGGCACAGUUAAACACCAAGUUUAUUGCUCCAACAAAUCCUCUGUAGCACUUUGAACUGUCAAUAUUGUUGAAUUGUGUAAAUAACUUUUUAAGAAGAUGUGAUUGCUUCCAUGUUUGUUAUUUCCAACUGUUAGAAAGUUAGGAUUUAUUAAUUUCCUGUCUUGUAGACUGAUCCAAACUAAAUUAGCAUGUUAAUAUGAAAGAAACUGGGCCGAUAAGAUCAACUGGUCUGGGGUCAUCAGCUCUUUCUCUGACUUACAGUUGCCACUAGAGGGCCUCAGCACUCCAUUAUGUUUGAUAUCGGCUCCAGAUCAGCCAAAAAUGUAUUUCAUCACAGUCCAACUUAAUGUAGACUAGCAUUUGUUCAGGAAAUCAACUGCACUGAGAUCUACUUUAUAAUGUCUUCAUCUCUCGUAGUUGUGCUGUCAGAUAAGGAUGGAUGUACAUUCACAGCUGUGCUCUAACCAUUAAAAAUCAACAACCAAAGA